AUGCGCAGCGAACGGCAAGGGCUACGCGCAGACGGCAUUGAGGCUACCACCCAGCAGCGCGAACCCCAGACGCGCCAGGGUCAUCCACCGUUCGACCAGCCGCAGGCAAAUUGGCUCGGGCUCGAGACGACGACGGCAGAGAGCUGGAUAGUGUCGACGGGGCACGGCGGCGACGGCAGCGUGCGUGGUGAUGGAGCUAACGAGGCCAAGAUGAAAGGUGUCCAGCGUGUGUACGCGGGCGGCGCAGGGCGAGGAAGCGAAGAGACUAGAGGGUGUCGAGACAAAGCGAUCCAUGGCGGAGUGCUUCCAGUAGAUGGCCUCCUGCACGCAAAGUCAUCGGCGAGAUAG